GGGGAUUGAUGGUAAAUCCCCAAUCACAACAUCAAUGCCCGGGCAGAUUCUGAAAAGAGGAGACCAUGGAGAUAUGUUUAAACGCGACUUUGUCUUAUUUAUAGUAUCAGCAAUGCUGUGUGGCCACCAAGAUAGGUGUUGCAACUUUAGGAUUCUAAAAUCCUUGAUAAACCUUGACCAGAUCAAGACCUACAAUUGGUGUGCCUAUACACACAAGUCCAUGGUCGACUCCAUUCAAUCUUUUCAGAAAAAUGACAAGCAAUUCUUCACUGGACCCGUUGCAUUCAUCCUACUUGUGUACUUUGACCGAGUACAGUUUAAGGGGAUGAGAGUGGAUAGAACAUACCCAACCAUUAUUGGGUGGAGUGCUGAACUUGCUAGAAAAAGGGUUAAAGAAGAGAACAAAGCAGGGUCAUUUGGAAGGGGGACAGUGCUCCCUAGAAUAUCAAAACCUACUGAUAUUGCUGCUGCCACCUCCAGGCAGAAUGAUCAACCUCCUGUUGCUGCAUUGAAUAUCCCAUCAUCAAGCGUAGAUAAGGUGGCAGGGAUCCUACAAAAGUUGGCUUCGACAGUAGGAGAGUUUGGUGAGGCUAUGGCUGAAAUUGGAAAGCAAGGAGCACCCGUAAAUGUGAUGAGGAAGACAUUUUCGGGCUUAUCUAACAUGCUAAAUGUUGCCAGCACCAUAGAAGCCACUGCAACCCCAACAUCAUCCCAGCUGGACGACAUCUUCUUUGGUAGUGAAAGCUUCACUACGGCUGUGGAUGCCCUUGUCGAAGCCUUUGAAAAGACAAGGAAACAAAUGGACCCUAAUGCCCCUUCUUUUGACUUGGGGCUAUCUCAAGCAACACAGCCAUCGGACCAAUUAGAUGCUCCGACCUUUGAUUUGGGGCUGAGUCCAUCACCACCACCAGCACAGCAACAGGAGGGGGAUUUAGGGGUGACUCCACCACCACAACCAGCACAGCAGCAAGGGAGUGAUUUGGGGCUAACUCCACCACCACCACCAACACAGCAGCAACAUAAGGACAAGGAGCAGCAACAAGAAAAGGAGAAAGAGAAGGAGAAAGAGCAAGAGAUAGAGGAUGCUGCGGGGGAACCGGGGAUUGAUGCCCUGGUGGAUAGAAUUGCAGGGGAAGCCACUAAAGAUGCAACUUUUUCAACCCCUGGUGUGACUAGAGUUCCUUUUCAAAGGGCUGAUUCCCCUGUUGAUGAAUUUGAUAGUGCAUUAGCAGAGAGUGAAUCUGAUGUCGAGGAUGUCAUUACUAGAAAGAGGCCUCAACGAAAGUUCAAGAACAUCCCCCUAAACCUACGGUCUCCAUUUUGGAAUGAACAUGGGAUGAAAAUCAGAAAUGCCACUGUCCCAGAUAAACUCCUCUCGAACUAUGCAUUUGUAGAAGUUUCUGAGGAACAUCCUAAAGAUGAAUUACUUUUCAGCUUUGGUGACAUUGAGAUCACUAGGGAUCACUUCAUCUCGCUCAGUGUUGGCCAAGUUGAAAAUAUCUUCUUAGAUGUAUGGGCAUUGAGGCUCUCAAUGCUUGACAAAGAGCGUGCACCCGGGCAACCGAAGAGGGUGUUUUUCAGCACAAUUGCCUACGUAAGUCCUUUUUGAAUUUGUAAACAAGUAUACUUUUUAAAUAUUGGUAUAACUGUGUUAGCUUGGUUACAGAUUCACACAUUCAUACUAGUAUAUUCACAGUUUCUAUACUCUAAAUUCACAAUUUGAAACCUAUACAUUCACACAUUACAGGGUACAAGUUGCUGGACUGUGUUAACUAUUUUAAAGAUUCACAUAUUCUAUACUCUA